AUGUGUCUCGCAGAAAACAUCUACCACAUAGCCUGCGGCUGCUGGCAAGGCCACCACAUAACCCACCCCUGUCCAAGAAAGCCUCACCCUCGCCAUCCCAACUGCUGCCCAGACCUCUCCUGCCCAGACCUCUCCUGCUCAGGCGUCUUCCGCAAAUCAGGCAAAUGCCUCGCCUGCCGCCGUCUCGAAGCCCAGCACCGGAACCUGUUCCCGCUCCCCCUUCCGCCUCCAACACCACUACCUUCGCCUCCGCCGCACCAUCGCCCUACAACUCUCGAUCAAGGUGACAGAUGUGCCGACGAGGACGAGGACGAAGAAGAGAACCGGCGGGGCAAAUUCGCGCUCCUGGCCGAAGUCCUCCGCCGGGCCGUCGACGUCCGCGUCGAGCGGGACGGGUCUGCUUCGCGUUCUCGGUCUCGAUCUGGGUCUGGGAUCAAUACGGCGAGUAGAUCACGUUUCCUAGAUGACAGUAGUGAUGAUGUGACGCCGCUGGACACUGCUAACGGGAAGACUUUAUUCAUCAAGGCUUCGGAGCAGACUUUCGAGACACAGAGUACCGCGUGGCACCAGAAUUGA